AUGACGACAGUGGUUAAAUAUUGGAAGAAGCAUUCGGAAGAAGGUGGUACGGAAGAUCAGCUAAAGAAUUUUGAUCAGGAUUUCUUGAAGAUGAGUCACUCAGAAUUAUUGGGUGUUGUCUUGGCUGCUAGAUAUCUUGAUGAUAAACAGUUGAAGAAGGUAAUAAUCCAAGAAUUUGUUGAUAGAAUCACAGGGAAAACACUAAAGGAAAUACAAGAAGUAUAUGGCAUUGUGAAUGCUUAUACAUCAGAGGAAGAGGAGGAGGUCCGUAGAGAGUAUGCUUGGGCUUUUGAAUGA